AUGGAUUUCAAUGAAGUUUAUAAUAAUGACAUGCCAUCCACUUUUCUUCAAAAUUUCCCCCUAACUGCCAAUGAGCAAAGUAAACUAUUUACUACACUAGACUCAGAAGAAUUAUAUCUGCAACAUGAAGAAGAGGAAUACGAAAAUGGCCUGAUAAGUGAGCAUUUUAAUAAUGUGAAUGAUAUAAAUUUACAAGAAUCACUUGAAUUUACUUACCAGCCAGCAUUUAACAAGGAUGAUGCAGAAACAGGUAAAAGCUGUAACAUUUAUAUUUCGGGAUCUAGCUUUUCAGAUGUUGAAAAAAGUGAUGUUGGGGAAAAACUGAUAGUGAAUGAAACUUUCGUUGAUAACAACUUUAAAAGUAGUAGUAGCAAAGCUUACCAUGAUCCACAGACUAUUGAUAAUCAUGACUCAGAUGACGUAACUUCAUCAUGCGACAGUAUCUUCUGGAAUCAGUCAAACUCAAAGACUACAUUCCCCCCACAGAAAAAUAAAAACUCAUUUGCAGUUUAUUUAGGAAAUAAAAGAGCUGGAGGUGACAGCAACUCCAAAAAUGCGAUGGCUGCAAGAGAUAAUAGAUUGAAAAAGAAAAAAUAUGUCGCAGAUUUAGAAGAAACUGUUUCAAAUUUAAGAAAAGAUAAUGCAUACUUAAAAAAAGAGAACGAAAACUGUAAAAGUUGUGUAAAAUCUCUUGAAACAGAAGUGUCGUAUUUAAAAAGUGUUAUAGCUAAUCAAACUACAUUGUCAGCAAUUCUCAAUAAUGUGCUUAAGACACCUGGCAUCAAAUUGUCCUCAUCUUUUACAGCUAAUAAUUCGGCAGUUAAAAAAGAGGUUAAUAAUUCUCACACUUUAAAACGAAAGAGUUAUAACAAUAACGCUGUUGACCAAGUUCCUGCAAAAAAAAUAAAAAAUGCUGCUUAUUCUUUGCGAUCAUCUAAAAAAGAAAUAAGUGUAAACCACUCAUAUGACACUGCAAGCAUGAGUCAUGAUAGACCUACUUGCCAAAAGUUGAAACAACAAAUUGACAUGAAGUUCAAUAAGAGAGACAAAAUUAAAAAUAAGAGUUGUAAGAAAGAUCUUGAUGAAUAUUUCUUAAAUGUGGAAGAUGUAAGUGACAGUGAGUCUGAUAGUUCUUUAAAGUCACUAAAUAGUAAUCCUAAGCAACAAUUGGAUUCCAAUGUUAGCCCUGGCAUUUGUUUUCAUGUUUCUGGAAAUAAUGUAUCAUUAGAAUUUUGCUCCUUGUGUAGUUCUAGAGCUCAGUCAGGAGUAGUUUUAGAUCAUAAUUAUGUUAAGAUAUAAAAAAAGAGGCAACAAGCUGUACAUUUUGUGUUUAGUGUUUUACUCCACUUUUCAUUGUAUUGUAUAAACACUUAAUUUCUAUGAACAAAUAAAGUAACGUAAAAACUAUUAUUAAAAAAAAAUUAAAAUACCUCACAAAAUACUAAAUAAUUAAAUAAUCAUUAAUGCA